AUGACGAGACCGCGGGGUUCCAGCGCCGCGAGCGAGGAGAGCAACGGCACCGCCGGCGAACAGGAGCUGGGUAGCAUGUACGACUACUUGGCAAAGAUUAUCUUGCUGGGACCAAGCGGGACGGGCAAGUCCUGUCUGCUUCACCGCUUCGUCAAGAACGAGUGGAGAGUCCUGUCGUCACAGACCAUCGGCGUUGAGUUUGCAAGCAAGAUCAUUAAAGUCGGCACCGGGUCACGGCGGAAACGGAUAAAGCUUCAGGAACACCAGCUUUGGGAUACGGCCGGCACCGAACGGUUCCGCUCCGUUUCGCGAUCAUAUUACCGAGGCGCCGCCGGGGCCAUCCUCGUCUACGAUGUCACAAAUCACAGCAGUUUCCGCGGUCUACAGCCCUUUCUCAAUGACGCACGCGCACUAGCAUCCCCGAAUCUAUCAUGCCUAUUAGUAGGCAACAAGCUCGACCUCGCUUCCGACCAACUUAUCGAUACAAGCCUUCCUCCGCCAACACCGAGCAGCGUCGGCUCCAUGUCGUACUUUGCAAACGGCUCCGUCGGAUCAACGGGAACAAGUCUGCCAUCGCUCGGCACGCAGCAGAAGGCCACGGAGGCGCCGGAAGGGCGGGAAGUCAGUAAUGCGGACGCAAACAGAUGGGCAGGGACGGUCGGGAUCCCGGUGGUGAUGGAAUCGAGCGCGUUUAACGGCGAAAAUGUUGACGAAAUCUUUGCGAGGCUCGCUAGAAUGAUCCUUACCAAGAUCGAGCUGGGCGAUAUUGAUCCGGACGACCCGAUGAGUGGCAUUCAAUACGGCGAUGGAUACGGAGGAGGAUGGAAUGCGGGAGCCAGCGACGGCGCGAGUAUCAAGAGCUCCAUGACUGGCGCGACACUCGAUGAAGCGGCGGGAGGUGUCCGCAGAAGAAGAGGCCGACGAAACACGCGCAGCGGCGCAAACUGGGGGCUGAGAGAUUGGGAAGAGGUCUUUACGUUGUCGAACCGACGAAGAGGGGGCAACUGCUGCUGA